CCCGCCCCUCGGAACUGCGCAUGUGCGGCCGCCUCUGCGGCCCGGUCGGACGGCGCCGGCGAUUGCAGACGGAUACAUGAAGGUCCGAGGGGCACCUGCACCGCCUCCGCUUCCUUGGACUGGCUGCCGCGUGGGCCCAAAGCCCGGUGUUGGCCCUGGGACGCCGUUAACGUAAUAAAUUGAGGACAAUGACUCCUAUGAGCGAUGGGGGGACAUCAGAAAGCAUCUUUGACCUCGACUACACGUCCUGGAAGAUCCGCUCCACGCUGGCGGUGGCUGGCUUCGUCUUCUACCUGGGAGUCUUUGUGGUCUGCCACCAGCUCUCGUCCUCCCUGAACGCCACCUACCGCUCUCUGGUGGCCAGAGAGAAGGUCUUCUGGAACCUGGCGGCCACGCGCGCCGUCUUCGGCGUUCAGAGCACUGCUGCGGGCCUGUGGGCCUUGCUGGUGGACCCCGUGCUGCACGCUGACAAGGCGCGCGGCCAGCAGAACUGGUGCUGGUUUCACAUCGCAACGGCAACCGGAUUCUUUUUUUUUGAGAACGUAGCAGUUCACCUGUCCAAUGUGCUCUUCCGGACAUUUGACUUGUUUUUGGCCAUCCACCAUCUCUUCGCCUUUCUGGGAUUUCUUGGCUCCGUGGUCAACCUCGGAGCCGGCCACUAUCUGGCUAUGAGCACGCUGCUUCUGGAGGCGAGCACUCCCUUCACCUGCAUUUCCUGGAUGCUCCUAAAGGCUGGCUGGUCCGAGUCUCUGUUUUGGAAGCUGAACCAGUGGCUGAUGAUCCACAUGUUCCACUGCCGCAUGGUGCUGACCUACCACAUGUGGUGGGUGUGCUUCUGGCACUGGGACGGUCUGGUCAGCAGCCUGUACCUGCCACACCUGGCACUGUUCCUUGUCGGGCUGGGCCUCCUCACGCUCGUCAUCAAUCCCUACUGGACCCAUAAGAAGACGCAGCAGCUUCUCAAUCCGGUGGAUUGGAACUUCGCGCAGCCGGCACCCAGAAGCAGCCGGCCGGCUGGGGCCAACGGUCAGGUGCCACAGAAGAAGGGCCAGUAGCCACCGGGAGCCUGGGACCGCAGAGCGCGGCGGCCUGUGUGCGUGGGCUCCUGCAGGCGAGGCCCUGAGUGCUCUGUCCAGGAUGGUCUCUAAGUCGGACCGUGUCCUUCAUGUGAAUUUCUAAGUAGCCGCCAAGUGUUUCUCAAGCCUUGGUUUGCCUCCGGGGGUUGGGGGGCGGGUCUUUGCCAUCACAAGUCUGCUGUCCACUGUGCUUUGUUCCUGCACGCCUUAGCGUGUGGGGCCCUGAGGAGCACCACAGAGGGGAUCCAGGGCAGACGCCAGGCCACCUGCCGGGGAGGAGGGGAGCGCCCUGUCUGGGAUGCUGUGGUGGCCGCCAGCCUGCUCUUUCCCGUCACAUGGUCAGCGUGUGGGGGAGCUUGUCCAGUCAUGCUGUCCUUCCUCGUGGGGCAGAACUGCCCCAAGCUACAAGGCGGUCCCAUCCGUGCCCCCCUCGGAGUGUCCCGUGUGACGUGUGCAGCGCCGUGUGCAGCAGUGCAUCUGGUGGGGGCACAUGCAGACAGCUAGGGGGACGCACGGCCCCGGACCGGACCCAGCCCGACCAGAGUGUUCGUGACGGCGAGGCCCGUGGGCUUCAUGGGUCAGGGGACCUGUGGGAAAACAAGAGGUGUGUGUUCAUACGCUAUGGCUCACUUGGCAAAAUAA